CCCAACCUCCUCAGACAAAAAGCGUUCUAUUGAAAUUAGAGCCAAACCCAAAACCAAAACCAAAAGCAAAACCGGUUCCAUUUCUGAACACUCAAGCUUAGGGUGGGCGAUCACUAUUCACCACUGCACAAAACCCUCUAAUCUUUAGAAAAAGAAAAAAAAUCAUUGGUCAUCGAAUAACAAUACAAAACGAAAUCACAAAUUGGCGGUGUAAGCUUCGAUCUUAGAUUAAAGUAGGAGUUAGGAGGCUUUACGUGCAGUGCAAUGUUGGAAUGAGGAGAUGGCGAGAGGGAAGUUGGUUUGUUCUUACAAGAAAACCACUCUCUUAGUUUGCUUUCUCAACAUUGCCGUUGCUCUCUACGUUCUUCGCUCUCUUUAUGCUUCUCUUUAUAUCUACUCCGGUAACGUUUCCCGCAACGUUGCGUUGUAUAACCCAGAUCAGAUUCGGAAAAUGGAAGAAUCAAUCCAAAUCCGUAAAGCAUUUAAACCGGUCCAGUUAAUUAAGUGGGUGAAGGCUUUAGAAGGGGAACUUUCCAGAGAGAAUGUGGCGGUAGAGUUGCCCUCGCAUUUGAAACAGAAUAUAAUUGAUGAGAUCUUGCAGAGACUAAGGAACUUGAAUUCGAGUAGCACGGAUAUUGCUAAGGAACAAGAAGUAGUUGAGAGUUGGCGCAAGGAAAAACUGAAAGAGGUCAAGUUGGCUCUUGUGAAGGGGACUUCCAACUCAACCAUCUCCCAUGAAGAAGCUGGUAUGCUAGCAAGAGCUUUGGAGUCUGAUUGGGCUGUGGUCUGUGAAGAGAUUGGGCUCUGGAUACCUGUUCAAGUUGCAAAUGAAGAACAUGAUGACAAACCUGAGGGCGCAGAGGAGUUUGAGGAGGAGGUUCUUCCUGGCAGGCCCCUUUCACCAGAGUGCCAUGCUGAACUUCAUACAGAUUAUGAUGGCGCUGCAGUAAGAUGGGGUCUUACCCACCACAAAGAUAGUGCAGCUGAUUGUUGUCAGGCUUGCUUGGACCAUGCAAGACGUGCCAAAGAAGGCGAAAAGAAAUGUAACAUUUGGGUUUAUUGCCCAUCUGAGUUUGGGUGUCAUUCUCCAGAUAUAUAUCAGCACAAACAUCAGGAAUGCUGGCUGAAAUAUGCUGAGAAACCUCGACUAAAUUUUAAGGAUAAGUAUCCUGAAUCAUAUCGAAAUUCACACCCUUCUGCACCAGUGAUUGUUCCAUGGGUCUCUGGAGUUACUAGUUCAUGAGUCAAAUAACAAACAUCAAAGGUAACAUAAUGAUCAACCAGAGCUACCUUGUAGACUACGAGAGCGCAAAGCUAGUGCAGGCAAAGGCUUUGCAUACUACUGUUCUUCAACAUGUUUUUUUUUUUUCUUUUUUUUUUUAUGUAAAAGAAAUGAAGUGGGGAGCAAAAAGUUUUCCCAAUGGUCAUUUAGGACUUGAUUUCGAUCAAAAUACGGUUUUUGACAAACUCACCUUCUCAGUGCCAAGGAUUUUUCACCGAGGUCGGGUCUAACACUGAGGAAAGGUAACUUUUAACUGAUGAGAAAGUUGUUUUGUUGUAAGCUAUCUGAUAACAUAAUUCAUUGUAUCUGUGGGACUUAGAAUCCUACUCAUAGAAUCAUUCUUGUUCGUGAUGUUGAUGAUGAUCAUUAUCAAUCUCUGUCGCUCCGGCUUCCUUUUAUCCAUCAUAACCACCAUACUUAAUUUAUACGCGUGUAAUAAAACGUAUUUGUGCGUCACAAGUGGUAGUUAUGUUUCGAAGCUUAUUUUGUUUACACAAUCCUCGAGAUUUUCCACAUAAGAUAUGAACACUACCAAGCACAAUAGGUAAUUAACAAAUUAUAUUUUUCAUCUGUUAUUUUUAAUCUAAUAAAAACCGAUUUAGUUUUAAUAUUUGCCAAGUAUAAUCCAUAAAAGAGAGAAGUAUUUUACACGGUAAGAGUUCACCAGCGAAACCCCAAAAUUGUUUUCCAAACUACAAGGGAUCUGCUUCCAGUUUCCGGUGGACGCUUUGUCUCUAUCCGUGAAAAACGUGAUAAAGGUUAAUUUAAUUAUCGGGAAGGACUGCAUAAUUCAAUUUCUUAAAUCUCUGCAGCUCUUAAAACAUGCUGUGUUGUAAAAAUUAAAAGAAAAUUGGUAGUUUGGUACAUGCCAAAUGAUAGUGUUCUUAAGGAUUAAUUUGCCACACUAACAGAUUUUAUUAUUGUAAAAAAAAUUCAGGAUAUAAGAGGCUCUUGACAUAAAAUAAGAAAUAUAAUAGUGGAAGUUUUACUUUUAUUAACAUAACUCACGAGUAGAAAGAGGAGGAAAAAAGACGUUGGGAAAAAUGCGAGUUAAAAGAAAGGGGAAAGAGUAGAGAAAUAGUCUGUAUUAAAAAAAAAAGGUUAGACCAAGUAAAAUCGGAAGUCUAAGUUUAAAACUUAUCCAAAAAAUUUUUAAAUUAAAUACUUUUUUUGGUUUAAAAAAAUAAAACUUUUUUUUUCUAAUUUAGUCAAUGUGUGGGACAUUAGACUUUUGAAAUAUCCGCAAAAUAUUCAACGUUAUGCUGAUCGCUUGAAGUUAACUUUUUGAGGCAAAAACUCGUGGAAGUAAACCAACAACUAGAGGGAAUAGCUUGACUCUUUUUUCUUUUUGGGUCGUCGAAUAGCUUGAGUAAUGACGAGGGAAUAUGUAACCUCUUGGCUCAUAUUCAAGGUAGGCAACACAGAAUUUGAGUUCAGGCUGAGCUAUGCAUCUUUAGGCCCAUACUAUCUUGGCUGAACAGAGUUCAUCUCAAAACCCAUCGAAUUGUUGACCCAAAACACAAAGUCAUAAAGCAGUGAAUGAGUCUUAAUCUUCUCUAAAUAAGGGAUCACAUUAUUAUAAUCAGAUUCCCUUUUAAGCUAACAGAGAAAGAUGUUUAGUUGUCGCACCACUUUUCUCUAAUUGAUAGGAUUAGACCAAACAUCUAUGUAGUCUUAACUAGGUCUUCGAAAAAUUUACAUGAGCAUAAUCGUAAAAAAUUAUCACUAUGUGCACGUGAAUCUGAAUCCUAAUUAGUUGUAAAUUUAUCCAUUGCAAUGAACUAAAUUCUUGACAUAAUUUUCCUUUUACUCGAAAUCCUUUUUGACUAACAUUAUCCCCCCAAUUAUACCAUGUGAGUCAAUUUCAAGGCACACCACAAGGGAUCAUUUAGCCUAACAUGUCUCGAAGCUCUUGUCCCUUUCUGCGUUUUAUCCCGAUAUAACUUCAAUUGGUGGAUAGCCAAAUCCAAUUAGAUUUAUCAAAUAGCAGUAUUUAUUGGGUGGCACGUCCCAUUAACGAUAACUUUAACUUAAAGUGUAACACUGACUAAGAACUACCUCUACGCACAAAAAAAUAAACAAAUCGCUGAAGGUUACCUGGUGGAGACACAAACGUUAAUUCUUAUGUGUACUAACAAGCAUAACACGCCCAAAAACAAAGACGUCACAUGUCAUGUUCAUAUUGAUCCGAUGCAUUCAUUACUCAUAUUGCACUAAAAAAUUUCUCAACCGAAGUACUUACGGCUGUCAAACUAACAUUUGAAUCCUUAAUUGAAUAUUGUUGCCAUUAGUUAAAAUGUCUCUAGGCCAUUUUAACUUUGUCUUUACCUUAAAGAACAGAAAACUUUUUAUUGUUCUAGGUACGCUGCAGGGCCACUAUCAAUAAAGGACGUCAAUUCGAACAUCAACACUAGAGAAUAGAUGGUACCCUAAAGAUAUAUAUAUUAGUACACCAAUCUUACAAUUUUGAUGAUUAAAUUUCCAGAUGGGUGUCUUCUACCAUGAAGAACCACCAAACCAUCCCAAAAGAUGCAAAUGCCUUGUAGCAACAUAUCUUAAGGAAGCAUUUUCACGUUGCCAAAGUUUAGGUGCACGGUUUUCAACUUCAACUUUCGAGGAUGAGUACCCAAUGAGCGAUUUUGACGAGGAACAGGAAGUAAAUUCACCUCACUACUCAAUCUUAAUCAAAUAUAUAGUUUUAGAAUAUUAAGUUUCAUGUUUUUUUAAUGUUAUCAUGAUUAUUACUUUCCUGCUUCCUAAGGUGUUUAUCUCAGCUGUAAUAAGCCGAACCAUGGAAAAACAAAAGCACAAGCCAAGUGUUUUGAGACAUAGCUUUUCCUGGGUAUACUCUCCUGCAACAAAAGAACUUUUUGUGACUGAAGCAAUGGGAGCACAAGAAAAGUUGAAGGGUGAUGAAGAAGUUGAUGAAAGAGAAGAUUUUUUGUCCGUUAAGAGCUGUUUCUCACGCUGUUCGAGUUCUCUAAGUGGAGAAGCAUUUUAUUCUGUGAAGACAAAGCUUUCACGAUGUUCAAGCUUGAACGAAAUUGACAUGUCAAAAUAUUGGAAGCGCUCUGUGAUUGAGGAGUUUUGUCAUUGCGAGGGAUGGCCUUUUGGUCUUUGCCGCAGAGCUGUGUUGCUUCCUCCAUUGCCUAAGUCACCUUCUGAGUCAUGGUUGUCGCGUAAAAUACAACCUAGUAUUAAGAAACCCUGAAUUUGUUCAGCUGUUACUUGUUUUCAUCUUUGUUUUCUCAGGAAAUGCAUUAGUCUAAAGAGUUGAAAGCGU